AUGAAUAAAAGUGAAUACCUUCAAGCAGGGGCUGAUGUCGAAAAUUAUAGAAGCUCUUCAAAUCCUUCAACUUCUGGGGGCAAAAACGGUAAAAAACCUAAGCCAUGUGGUAAUGCACUUCACGGGAACAUGUACCAAAUAAAACUACUCAUGCUCUUCCUAUGUCGAGCCACUUUCUUUAAUUAUGAUUUUAGAUUGAGUACAGAAGUAGAAGAAGCGGGCAAAUUUGAUGAUCUUUUGUUUGAAUAUAAAGAAGGUGGUAAAAAGUAUUACAGACUUCUGCAAGCCAAACACCUGAAUAAAGAAGGUACGAAAAAAAUCACCUCACGUGAUUUGAUGGCGAAUAAAACAAAUGACUUUAGUCUAAUAAAAUAUUGCAAAUCUUAUCACGAGAUAAAGGAAGAAAAAAUGUUUCAAGAUGGAGUGAUCAAAGAUGUCAUCAUCUGUACUAAUAUUGAUUUUGAUGUUAACAAUUUGAACCAAAACAAUAUAGAAAUCGAUGAAAUACUAGAUGAGGAUAGAAUGUUGAAAAUGGAGAGUAAUACGGAAAAGGAACAUAAACGAUAUAGGUUUUGCAAAGGAAACAUAGUUUUUUCAUUAAAAAGUAAAAUAGAAGAAUAUGAAAGUACAUGUUAUACUAAAGAAGAAAUAGAAGAAUUUCUAGAUCAUUUAAUUUUUGCAGUAAAUCAGCCAAAUGAAAAAGAAAUGCAAGACAUUAUAAAAAGAGAAAUUGGUGAAGAAGAAAAAUUUGACAUGGAGAUGGCUAAAACUGUGUAUUGCAAACUUCAAAACUUAUUAUUGGAUUUUGUGAAGGAUAGAGAAAGCAAUAAAUAUAUUUCAUGUGAAGAUUGCAAAUCUUUUUUUGAUGAAGCCAGAAAGGGUAUUUCAAUCCUGUUCGGUGUGCGGGAUCCUAUCAACUCUUUUACAGGAAGAAAGAAAAUAUUGGUUACUUUGCACAAAUCACUUAAAAAAAAUAAGACAAGAUUGGCAACUGAUAAACUCCGAAUUAAAAUCAAAACUAUUGACGACGAACCAAGAUCGAUCCAAGCUAUAGUUGAGGAUGUGUACAAUUAUUUCUCCCGCGGUAAAAGCCUAUUCGUUUUUGAUAAUGCCACAAUAUAUAAAGAAAACAAAAAUAAUGGUAUUGAGCCAUUUCUUCCUUCACUUCCUGAAAAUUUAAAUACGCCUUACAUUUUAAUUACUUCACGCAACAAAAAUUGGCCGCAAAAAAUUGAAAGCUUAGUCUUGGAUGUAUUCACAAGAAAAGAAUCAUCAGAAUUUAUUCAAAAGUCACUGGAGUUAGAUAAUGAUUUAGAAAUAAAGAAUGCCAAAAAGUUAUCACAAAAGUUGCAAUAUUUGCCUUUGGCACUUCAACAAGCAGUUGCGUACAUAAAAAUGCAGGAUUACCUGAAGAAUAUCGAAGAACAAUUUACUGUUUUUGAUUAUUUGCAAAAAUUUGAAAAGAAGACAAAUGAACUGCUUGGUUUCGAAUUUCCUGCAGAUAACGAGAAUACUUACUCUAAAACAGUUCUGGUGACUUGGAAUGUUUCAAUUUAUGCAAUAAAAAUGAAAGACAAUGGAGACAAAGCAAUAGAAGUUUUAAAUCUCUUAUCUUACAUGGGACCCGACAAUGUUCCCGUGCAUUUAUUUUUGCCAUUAUUCAAUGAUAAAAAUGAAUUGGGCAUGGCCAUUGAAUUGUUGAAACAGUUUUCGAUGAUAAAUUCACAUGAAGGGAAAGUCAAUGUCCACAGAUUGGUGCAGCAAGUGAUUAGAUCGAACUUACAAAAGGAUGAAAAAGAAGGAGAUGUUUUAAAACAAGGUAAGGAAUUGAACAACUCCGGAAGACAUCGAGAUGCCUUUACAAUAUUAUGGAGUAUUAGGUGCAUGGAAAAUAUAACUCAUAUCAUAGAUAGUGAUGUAGAAUUGAUUGAUAUUGAGGGUGGCAUAAUGGAAGCACUACUAAUUUUAUUAGAGUAUGAUAAAGUCAAAAAUAUUUUUCAAGAUUAUUUAAAUUUGCGUGAAACUGAUUUGGGAUCAAAUCAUCCUCUUACGUUGCAUACUAAACAGUGUUUGGGUGAAAUUUAUAAUCGUGCAGGUGAUCGUAGUGAAGGAUUAAAAUACUAUCUCCAAGUACUUGAUUCACAUAGAAGAAAAUUGAGAGAUCAAGAAAGAUGUUUGGGAAAACAUCAUUCUGAUACUCUACGUACUAGAAAAGACAUAGCGGACAUUUUAAUAGAAUGUGAAAAAUAUGACGAAGCUCUUCAAGAAUUUGAUAUUUUGAUUAAAAAUCAAGAAGAUGCUCUUGGCAAAAACCAUGUCGAUACCAUGCGUGCUAUAGGUUGGAAAGGGGUUGCAUUGUACGAAAAAGGCGAUUAUGAUGCAGCACUUGAUGUACUCCAAAAUUUACUUCCAAAGCAGAUGGAAGUAUUAGGAGAAGUAGAUGAUGAUACUAUAUACAUCAGACGCCAUAUUGCUUGUUCUUUGAAACUGAAAGAAAAGUUAUCCGAAGCGCUUGAAUGCCACAGAGAAUUGCUUACAGAUCUAGAAAGAAAGUUGGGGAUCCAUAAUCCUGAGAGUCUGGUCACUAGAAAUGAUAUUGUAGAUAUUUUAAUAGAUUUAGAAAAAUAUGAAGAAGCUCUGCAAGAAUUUGAUGUUUUGAUUCCAAUUAAGGAAAAAAUCCUUGGCGAAAAACAUGUCGAUACGAUGUAUACUAUUUGUUCGAAAGGAAUUGCAUUGUACAAAAAAGGCGAUUAUGAUGCUGCUCUUCAUUUACUUCAAAAUUUACUGCCAAAGCAGAUGGAAGUGUUGGGUGAAGUAGAUGACGAUACUAUAGAGACCAGGCGCCAUAUUGCUUAUUCUUUGAGAGAGAAAGGAAAGUUGGUCGAAUCACUGGAAUGUCACAGACGAUUGCUUGCAGAUCUAGAAAGAAAGUUGGAGAACCAUCAUCCUGAGAGUCUGCACACUAGAAAUGAUAUUGUAGACAUUUUUAUAGAUUUAAAAAAAUACGAUGAAGUCCUACAAGAAUGUAACGUUUUGAUCCCACUUCAAGAAAAAGUUCUUGGUGAAAAGCAUGGCGGCACUAUGCAUUCUACAGCUUUGAGAGGUGUAGCAUUGUAUGAAAAAGGCGAUUAUGAUGCAGCUCUUGAUAUACUUCAAAAUUUACUUCCAAAGCAGAUGGAAGUAUUGGGAGAAGUAGAUAGCGAUACUAUAGACACCAGGCGCCAUAUAACUUAUGCUUUGGAAAAGAAAGGAAAGCCAGUCGAAGCACUUGAAUGUCGUAGAAGAUUGCUUAAAGAUUUAAAAAAAAAAUUGGAGAAACAUCCUCAUAGUCUGUGCACUAGAAGUGAUAUAGCAAACAUUUUAAUAGAUUUAGAAAAAUAUGAUGAAGGCCUACAAGAAUUUGAUGUUUUGAUCACAAUGCAAGAAAAAACCCUUGGCGAAAAACAUGUUGAUACAUUGCAUACUAUUUGUUCGAAAGGAAUUGCAUUGUACAAAAAAUAUGAUUAUGAUGCUGCUCUUCAUUUACUUCAGAAUUUACUUACAAAGCAGAUGGAAGUGUUGGGAGAAGUACAUGAUGAUACUAUAGAGUCAAGGCGCCAUAUUGCUUAUUCUUUGAGAGAGAAGGGAAAGUUGGUCGAAGCACUGGAAUGUCACAGACGAUUGCUUGCAGAUCUAGAAAGAAAUUUGGAGAACCAUCAUCCUGAGAGUCUGCACACUAGAAAUGAUAUUGUAGACAUUUUUAUAGAUUUAAAAAAAUACGAUGAAGUCCUACAAGAAUGUAACGUUUUGAUCCCACUUCAAGAAAAAAUCAUUGGUGAAAAACAUGUUGAUACAAUGCAUAUUAUUUGUUCGAAAGGAAUUGCAUUGUACGAAAAAGGUGAUUAUGAUGCUGCUCUUCAUUUACUUCAGAAUUUACUUUCAAAGCAGAUGGAAGUAUUGGGAGAAGUAGAUAGCGAUACUAUAGACACCAGGCGCCAUAUAACUUAUGCUUUGGAAAAGAAAGGAAAGCCAGUCGAAGCACUUGAAUGUCGUAGAAGAUUGCUUAAAGAUUUAAAAAAAAAAUUGGAGAAACAUCCUCAUAGUCUGUGCACUAGAAGUGAUAUAGCAAACAUUUUAAUAGAUUUAGAAAAAUAUGAUGAAGGCCUACAAGAAUUUGAUGUUUUGAUCACAAUGCAAGAAAAAAUCCUUGGCGAAAAACAUGUUGAUACAUUGCAUACUAUUUGUUCGAAAGGAAUUGCAUUGUACAAAAAAGAUGAUUAUGAUGCUGCUCUUCAUUUACUUCAGAAUUUACUUACAAAGCAGAUGGAAGUGUUGGGAGAAGUACAUGAUGAUACUAUAGAGUCAAGGCGCCAUAUUGCUUAUUCUUUGAGAGGGAAAGGAAAGUUGGUCGAAGCACUGGAAUGUCACAGACGAUUGCUUGCAGAUCUGGAAAGAAAUUUGGAGAACCAUCAUCCUGAGAUUCUGAGCACUAAAAAUGAUAUUGUAGACAUUUUAAUAUAUUUAGAAAAAUAUGAAGAAGCUCUGCAAGAAUUUGAUGUUUUGAUCCCAAUUAAGGAAAAAAUCCUUGGCGAAAAACAUGUCGAUACGAUGUAUACUAUUUGUUCGAAAGGAAUUGCAUUGUACAAAAAAGGCGAUUAUGAUGCUGCUCUUCAUUUACUUCAAAAUUUACUGCCAAAGCAGAUGGAAGUGUUGGGUGAAGUAGAUGACGAUACUAUAGAGACCAGGCGCCAUAUUGCUUAUGUCUUGAGAGAGAAAGGAAAGUUGGUCGAAUCACUGGAAUGUCACAGACGAUUGCUUGCAGAUCUAGAAAGAAAGUUGGAGAACCAUCAUCCUGAGAGUCUGCACACUAGAAAUGAUAUUGUAGACAUUUUUAUAGAUUUAAAAAAAUACGAUGAUGUCCUACAAGAAUGUAACGUUUUGAUCCCACUUCAAGAAAAAAUCAUUGGGGAAAAACAUGUUGAUACAAUGCAUAUUAUUUGUUCGAAAGGAAUUGCAUUGUACAAGAAAGGCGAUUAUGAUACUGCUCUUUAUUUACUUCAGAAUUUACUUCCAAAGCAGAUGGAAGUAUUGGGAGAAGUAGAUGGCGAUACUAUAUACACCAGGAGCUAUAUUGCUUAUGCUUUGGAAGAGAAAGGAAAGUCAGUCGAAGCACUUGAAUGUCGUAGAGGAUUGCUUAAUGAUCUUAAAAGGAAAUUGGAGAAACAUCCUCAUAGUCUGUGCACUAGAAGUGAUAUAGCAGACAUUUUAAUAGAUUUAGAAAAAUAUGAUGAAGCCCUACAAGAAUUUCAUGUUUUGAUCCCACUUCAAAAAAAAGUUCUUGGUGAAAAGCAUGGCAACACUAUGCAUUCUACUGCUUUAAGUGGUGUAGCAUUGUAUGAAAAAGGCGAUUAUGAUGCAGCUCUUGAUAUACUUCAAAAUUUACUUCCAAAUAUUAUGGAAAUAUUUGGAGAAAUAGAUGACGAUUCUAUAUCCACCAGGCGCCAUAUUGCUUAUGCUUUGAGAAAAAAAGGAAUGUUAGUCGAAGCACUGGAAUGUCACAGAUUAUUGCUUACAGAUCUAGAAAGAAAGUUGGAAAAUCAUCAUCCUGAGAGUCUGCGCACUAGAAAUGAUGUUGUAGACAUUUUUAUAGAUUUGAAAAAAUAUGAUGAUGCCCUACAAGAAUGUAAUGUUUUGAUCCCACUACAAGAAAAAAUCCUUGGUGAAAAGCAUUUUUACACCAUGCAUUCUACUGGUGUCAGGGGUGUAGCAUUGUACAAUAAAGGUGAUUAUGAUGCUGCUCUUCAUAUACUUCAGAAUUUACUUCCAAAGCAGGUGGAAGUUUUGGGUGAAGAACAUCGCGAUACUAUAUCCACCAGGAGCCAUAUUGCUCAUUCUUUGGAAAUGAAAGAAAAGUUAACCUAA